AGUUUUCCUUAGAUAACAAACUUUGAAAGUGAACCUCAAAAUCAUGCGUAUAAGUGUUUUUAAAUUUGCACAUUAUAUUAGUUUCAUUUAUAUUUAUAAGUUCUUUUAAAAUAUGAGUGCGGUAAAGCUAAAUGGUGACCACAAGUCUAAUGGUCCCGAAAGUAAGACCCCAUUUUUAAUCGGUGUUGCAGGAGGAACAGCUAGUGGAAAGAGCACAGUAUGCAAGAGAAUAAUGGAAAAACUUGGUCAAGUAGAAAUGGAUCAAAAACAGAGACAAGUAGUUUGUAUAUCCCAAGAUAGUUUUUAUAGAGAAUUAAGUCCUUCGGAAAUCAUUAAAGCUGAAAAAGGCCAGUUCAAUUUUGACCAUCCUGAUGCCUUUAACGAAUCUCUUAUUUAUGAUACUUUGGUUGAUAUAUUGGCUGGUAAGAUGAUUCAGAUACCCACAUAUGAUUAUAGGAAUCACUCGCUGAGCAAAGAUGAGAUUCUGACAAUAUAUCCUGCAGAUGUAGUUUUAUUUGAAGGAAUAUUAGUAUUUUAUUUUCCAGAAGUUAGGAAGUUGUUCCAUAUGAAGCUUUUUGUUGAUACAGAUUCAGAUACUCGACUAGCUAGAAGAGUUCCUCGAGAUAUUAAUGAAAGAGGACGUGAUUUGGAUCAGGUUUUAAAUCAAUACAUGAAUUUUGUCAAGCCAGCAUUUGAGGAAUUUUGUUCACCAACCAAAAAGUUUGCAGAUGUUAUUAUACCUAGAGGAGCAGAUAAUAGUGUUGCAAUUGAUCUAAUUGUUCAGCAUAUACGUGACAUCCUUAAUAAAGGUAGAAGUUCCUCUGAGGAAAGAGGUGCGAAUAUUUCUGGAUUUCAAAGUUCAAAAUCUUCUCCAUCAAAAAAAUGCAAUCCAGGAGAUCAAUUGUUCAAAAGACCUCACUGAGUAUUCCUUUGAAUUAUAACUGAAAUUGAAUGAUUAAAUAGAUAUUGUAUUUCAGUAGACUAGUAGAUAGUAUCAAUUAACAUCUCUAGAUUCAAUUCAAAUAUUCUAUCAAUCAAUUCAAUAGAUAAAAUGAUUCAUUUUUUCUGCAGCCAUUUUAUUAAAAAUAUAAUUCAUUGUUAAUUUGAACAAAUAGAGUUUACGAUAUUCAAAAAUCCUCCUCUAUAAAUAUUUACAACAAUUAUAAUAUCAACUAAUAAAUGUGGUACAUAUGAUUCAUGAAUGAUUUUUUAUCUGAAUAUUCGGAACAUAUCAGAAAGACACUCAAUCUUGACUCUUAGCUUCUUUGGGUAAUUAUGGCAUUGUAAAUAAUGUUUUGCUACAUAUCUUGUUGUUGCCUUCACGCACAUAAUUUGAAAAUCUCAAAAGUGAAAGUAAUUAUUACACUGUAUAUUAUUUUUGUAUUUAUAAAUAAUAAUUCUCAUCAAUUUGGACUAUAAGCAUAGAUUAAAGAUUACGUUAAUGUAGAUUUUGCCAACAUAUGUAAUAAAAAAAAUAUUUCUGGUACCCACUAUGAAAAUAAUUGUCUUUGGCUUCAAACCAAUUUUUUGUUUAUUAAUUUUUUAUGUAGAUAACCUUUGCCUUAUUCGGUUAUCAAAAAAAAACUAAUGAUGCAAUGAGUAAUUUGAAAUUAUUACCAAGAACACAUGAUAACUCCCGUCUCUUAACCUGAACGACAAUUUUAAACGUUUAUGGAGAUAUGUUGGUCAUACUUUUUCUGAAAGCUAGAAUUCCUACUCUACUUUUGAGUAAAAUAUUACCUAGUAUAUUAAAAACUUAGCCAAAAUUAACAUAUGACAACCUCGCUUCUAUAAGCCGAAACCAGAUGACCACAGUCGUGUAUAUAAAAUCUUUCACAGACAUCGCAUUCGUUUCGUUACAUAAAAAUACGAGGCUUGUCCACAAAAUAAGGUUCUCAACGAAUUUUCACAAUGAAAACCACGUUUAUUGGCAUUGAAUAAUACAUUUUUGGAAAGCUAAGACCUUCCUCUAUUUUUCGAUAUAAUUAAUGCAUUUUGGCAUGCGGUGUCCCACCUUUUUAUGCCUAAAUAAUAGAAAUCUGCGAAAAUAGUUUGAACCCUCUCCUUUCAACUCUUCGUCGGUUGUGAUGUGCGAAGUAUUUCUUUAAUUCAGGGAAGAGAUAGAAAUAACUGGCGCCAAGUAUGGGCUAUAAGGGGGGGGUGAACAAGUAAUCAAUCCAAAUCUGUUGAUAACACGCACCUUGGUAUAUCCUAAACGGUAUCUCAAAAUGUUGAGAAUGCAGUCGCCGUCGAUCUUUCAGAAUUUCUUUUUGCAAUCACUUGCUCUGGAAGCAAUGAUCGACCAGAACGUAGUUCGUCUUUGCCGUCUGUACGUCCAUCAUUGAAUUCCAUGUUUCAUUUGCGCGUAUGCUGCACACUUUUCCCCAUACACCUUAUACAAUUGGGAACCGGAGGAACACAAAUAACGAAUUGCAGAGCGUAGUAAUCAAAUAGAAGCUCCAUCUUUCAGGACUAUCAAGACAAGAAUUAACGUCCUAGAAAGCUCGCCGUGGCGGGAACUGGGAGAAAGGGAGCCAAGUUACAUGCUAGUUUUGCCAAAGCCCGCCUAACAACGUUCCUAGCGUCUGUAGCUCCUUGGGAAUGUUAUUUUAUGGACAAUCCUCGUACAUGUGUCUAGGAAAUCUUUAAUUUAUGCUACAAGGUGUAUAAUUGUUUUUUUUUUAAUAUUGUUAUGUCUGUUAUCCAAAUCUUUUGAACUGGAAAGAAUCGAAUUUUAAAUUAGAAGUCAAUUUUGGUAUUAUCAAAAUUUUGUACCACUCAAAUGAUUUCUUUAUAUUAAAUAUUCAUACCCUAAAACACUUUUUAAACAAAUAAAUGAAAUUUAAUUCAUAUUUUGCUAUUUAUAAAACAUGAAUUUUCUUAUUGCUAUGCUGGUCUAUUGAAUUUAUAAUAACGCUUUUUAUUUCUAAUAUUGUUGACGUUAAAAAGACAAUUUUUAUUUUAUCUUAAGGAAAAAAGACUUUAUUUUGAACAUGACUAUUACUUAUAGAAUUUUUUGUGUACAUCAAUUUUAUAAUUUUUAUGUUCAUUGAAAAUAUACAGUAUGGUGCAAAUGCAAAUAAAUUAGUUAUUUCGUAAACCGGCGACUUUGAAGAAAAUCCUGGUUAUUUGUAACGUUGCGUUUUUAUUUUUGACGUCAUAUGUGUGAGCAAGAUGACGUUACCGCCAAAAUUUUCAAUUUUGUACUAAGUGCUCCGAUUUAGAAAGACCUGCCGCGAACUCUUCUCGAAUAACUUCCAGAGUUACUUAACUAACUACUAACUAACCUUAAUACACAUAUUCUUUCUUUGAGCUCAAUGAUAUUUUGUAAUCCAUAUUAGUACACUUCACUUUUCACGUAUCCCCUUUAAAAAAAUCAAGAGGUGUCAAAUCAGGCGACCAUUCUAUUGUUCAUUUUCGACUUAUGUACUGGUUUGGAAAGACGUUGCUCAAGUAGUCGCGCACCAAGACAGCAUGCUGUAGAUGCGCACGAUCUUACUGCAGCUAUAAAUCAUUUAUGUUUGGAAAAAACCGGUUCAAUUUGGAUAUCAAGAAGAAGUUUUGAGGAAAUUCUAAAUAUCGAGGACCUGUUAAGGUUUGUUCAAAAAAGUAUGGUCAUAUUAUCGUAGCUGAGUACUAAUAAGUUUGAUCAAAUAGAUCAUUGAACUCUUAGAAAGAAUACGUAUUAAGAUUGCAUGAACAACUGCGAAAGUUAUAGAGAAGGUUCGAGAAGAGUUCAUAGCACGCCUUUCUUAUUUAACUACAGUUAUAAAUUAACAAUUUGAGUACUUAAUUUGCUUAUUUUUUGGACAAAUAUUCUUCUUCUUUUAAUGCGUAUCCACUAGCGGAUGUUCGGGAUAACAUUUUUCAUCGCUUCUCCAUUUCUUGCGGUGUGUAUUAAGGAUUGUAUAUCGUGUAGUCCUGUCCACUACCUGAUGUUUCGCAGCCAAGAUAUUUUCUUCCUUCCGAACCCCCCUCUCCUUCAAUAUUAUCUUCGAUCAGUAGGUGCAAAAAUUGAUAUUUGUUUUUUCGCAUAAUUUGCCUUAGGUUCGCCGUUUUCCUCUUCUUAAUUAAUUCUUAAAUAAUUCACGUUGUUUUCCGAUGCGUCUCAGAAUUUCUCCGUUUUUCAAUCAAGCCGUCCAAGGUACCUUAAGGAUUCUGCGGUGCCGCCACAUCUCGAAAGCCACCAACUUGUUAAUCGCAGUCGUCUUCAAUGUCCAGCCUUCCAUGCCGUAGAGAAGCACCGACCAAACGUACCUCUUCACGAACCUCAGACGUAGAUUAAGAUCAAAGUCAGGCAAGUAAGCACUAUUCGGAACCUUAAGAAUUCCUGUCCGGCUUGUUCAAUGCGAUAUUUUAUUUUUUUGUCUGAUGCCCAGUCUUCAAGAAGCCAGAUUCCCAGAUAUUUGAAUUUAUCCACCCUUUCUAAGGGAAUUGCGUUAAAUGUUACGGUGGCGUUUUCAAACAUUUUUAUGUUUCUUGAAAAAAUCAUAAAUGUUGUUUUGAUGUUAAGGCCCAUUGAUUUGCUCUGUUCUUUUAUCUUAUUGACAGUUGUUGUAGGUCGUGUAUGGUCCGCAUAACGGAUAUUGUUAAUCCACGUCCAUUAACUUUGAUUCUAUAUCCUCUAGAGUCUAUUGGAAAAUUGCUUCGGAAUAUAAAUUUAAUAAGAUCAGAUAUUUUGAUCUGAUAUUGUCGGACAUGCGCUGUUUGAUUCCAGUAUAGGUUAUCAAUGUAUCGGAUGUCUUUCUGAUCUAUAUCAAGCCUUUUGAGGAGCUGCAUUAGUUUGUGGUGCUGUACGCGAUCGAAUGCCUUUUUAUAAUUUAUGAAACAAAAGCAAACGUCCUUUCUUUGGUCAUACCAGUUCUGGACAAGCACUUGUUUUGCGACUAUUGCCUCUUUUGUGCCUAACCCUUGCCUUAACCCAAAUUAUGAGUCGCAUAUACCUCUUUCACAUUUUCGGAAUAUUCUUUGGUGUAUGAUUUUAAGAAAUAUUUUUAGGUUAUUGCUCAUCAGGCAUUGCUUUUGUCUUCUUAGGCAAGGGGAUAAAAUUAGAGCUUAACCAUUGCCUUGGGUAGUAACCUGGCUUAUAUAUGAUGUUGAACACCUUAUGCAGUGCUGUAAUGCCUCUCUCAUCGAUGAGUUUGAGUAUUUCUGAAGUAAUUUUAUCUGGAUCAGCCGCUUUGUUAUUAGACAAAUAUAAACAUUAAUAAAGAUUAAUUACUUAGAGAUAUUGAUAUGACUGAAUAGGAAUUAAAAAGGCCUUUCAAAUAAUGUAUUACACUACCCACAUUUCCAUUUAAAAAUUUUGGUUCACACAGAUGACUUCAAAAAUAAAAACGUACCCUUACAAAUAGCCUGUUUAAAAAUAAUAAUGGACGAUUUUCAGGAUUUUUCCUUAUAGUCGCCGUUUGACGAAUGAACAAAUUUAUUCCUUUAAUUUGAACAAUACUGUAUGUAAAUGUUGGUUGAUUUUUAUAUUUAUUUUUGUUAUAUCUAUGGAUAAAAUAUGCACAUAAUAACACGUUUUAAAAGAAAUUAAUAUAGCGUUUAAAACGGGAGGAAAUUCUAAUUUGGGAGAUUCCUCUCAAAAUGCUUUACGUUAUCACUAACUGUUGAAUGCUUACUAAAAACGAACAAAAAUAUUUUUUGUGCGUUUUGAUAUAGUGUUGGCACAUAUUUUUAAACCACCGUAAACAUGCUCUAAAAGUUUAAUUUUUCCCAUAACCUAGUGAAAAGUUUUUAUCAAAUGCUUAUAAUAAUAAUAGCUGGAACAUGCUAAUCACAUGUAUUAUUCUUCUUGAUAUUAUCAUAAAGAUGAUUGCAGUAACAUCAUUGUUGUAUACAUUCAUUCCCGAAAAUCUUUUUAGAAUUACUUUGAAGUAGGCUAAUUGAUAUAAGAAGAACUUCGGAGAUUUAUAGAUUUCUCAAAGUAAAAAAAAAUUUCAAGAAUCAUUCUGAUUCUCAAAAUGUCCCAUUAUCUCAGUUUGUGAUGAAGAUAGGAGAAAAUAAAAAAAAUACUACCUUGUAGUGUGAGUUUUUCUCGAUAAAAAAGGUCCCUUACACUUUUUUUGUAAAAACUAUAAUUUACUCGGAAAAAAAUCUAGAAAGUAAUAAGCCUCCCUGCCUAAAAUACGAAUUCCACGUAGUACAGUAAAACGUAAAUGUGACGCACGUUUAACAUUUGGGAUGUAAUAUUGAAACCAUGCUAUAUUCUUCAGCUUGUAAGACUUGGGUCCCUGAUAAUUGUAAAAAUUUUCAUCAACUCUCAAAUAAGUCAAGUGACGAUGAAUCUGAGAGUGAAAAUCAGAUUCCGAUAUCAGUAUUGAUGAAGAUGUAGAUUCUAAAUAAUUUUUCUAUAUUUCCAAUCAAACAUUAUAUAAAAAGAAGAAAUUUUAAUAUGUAUUGAUUUUUUCCAUAUUGCUUACAAUUGAGUAAAAAAAAAUUAUCUGAAAGUUUUUCGGAAAAUUCGAAAUUUUUCCAAAAUUCUCAAUUGUUUGCUUAAAAAAAACAGAAAAAAAUCAUUUCUACAAAGUGAUUUAAUGAAAAUUAAUAACUUUGGCGACUAUAGAAGAAAUUAUAAGCUUGAUUGCCUUAGAAAAACGACUUGAUAGAUUUAAUAGAUUUACGAUUGUUUUCCAAGAAAUCUAUAGUUUUCACAAAAAAAGUGUAAGGGAUCGAGAAAAACUCACCCCACAAUGUAGUAUUUUUUAUUUUGUUCUAUCUUUAUUACAAACUGAAAUAAUGGAAAAUUUUGAAAAUCAAAAUGAUUAUCGAAAUUGUUUUUUAUUUUUUUUGAUCUCUGAAGUUUUUCUAAAAUCAAUAAGUAUAGUUUGAAGUACUUGUAAAAAAAUCAACCUUUUUGCUUAUAACUUAUUAUUUUGGUGAAAAAUUGCCUCCACCGACUGGGCUAUAAUAUGACAUAGCAAACAAUUUUUUUAAAUGAUUGCAGCUUUCAAACUACAAAACUUCAGCUUUUAUUUUAUUAUGCUGGAGAAUGGUUUAAACUUUUACAUAUAAAUAAAUAUUGAUCUGUUCAUCACGAUUUUAUACUUAAAACUGUCUAAAUUGAUAAAAAAGUGAAGCAUAAAAAUGGUUUAUUUUUCAGCCCAAAGUUUUAAGUUAAAAUUGUUAUAAAAAAUGGUGUUACUGCAAAUAUACUUCAUUCGACACUAUCCUGUUUUAUAUUUGUUUAACAUAUAUACAUGUGUUCAAAAGUACACUUUUAGCUCAUAUACAAGGGUGUUCAGUUUAUUAAUUUCUAGAGUUCUAGAGAAUAGUUUUAAAAAUAAGAGAGAUACAAGCCUUUGAAGGUGUGAGUUGAAAAUAUGUUUUCAAAUAUCGGUCAAAUGAGUUAUUAUGAAAUUCCCAAUUAUGGAAGUCAUUAAAUAAAUCAGGAUAACUAAUUUUGUGCCACCAGUCACCUUUUUCGAAAUUAAUAUGUUACAGUUGAAAUCCGUUUUCAGUUCAUUCUAGUUUUGACAAAGGAAGGUUAGAUUUCACCAACCCAUUCCAGUAAAACUUGUUUUUACUCGUCAAAACUAGUGUUGACUAGUACUCUUUGCGUUAAAACUAGUUUUUCUACAUUUUUACUAGGAAAUACUAGAAUGUACUAAUUUUUUCUUAUUGGACGUUGCAUUUUACGAAAUCUUGCCUCCCACCGGUGGAUAAUUGUUCAGUAGCACUGCAAAGACAUAAAGUUCCCAAUAAAAAAUUGAGUUAACUCUAGUUUGAGCAGUAAAAACUAGUUUUAACGGAAGAGAUUUUUUAGAACUAGUUUUCCCCUGUCCCAACUAAAAUUAACUGAAAACGGGUUUUAAUUAUCCGGUGGCAAAAUUAGUUUCAAAAUCUAUAUAACUAAAAAACUACUGAACGUAUCGAUUUCCAGUUUUAAUCAAUAGAUAAAUAGAUAAAUGUGGGUUUUAUUUUUUAAAAAUUGCAUCGUCCAAAUGUUAACCGUUACGUCUGAUACCGAUCUCGGAACCUGGUUUCGGUAUAUCUUGCCGCUCGCUGGAGAAUUGCCGCCGAGAUGCCAUUGACUUCGCGAACAAUAUUUUCUUUCAGUUCAGAGAUUAUCGCCGGGCUUAUUUCGUACACAUUACUUUUGAGAUACCCCCUCAGAAAAACGUCCAUGGAGAGGUAAGAUCCGGGGAUCUGGGUGGCCAAGGGAUGUCACCGUAACGGCUCAUUAAUUUGCUAGGAAAGAAAUAACGAAGCAGCGCCAUGGUCUCCCUAGCAGUGUGUGACGUGGCGCCAUCUUGCUGAAACCAUGUCUGUGAAGUAAAGGCAGAAUGUUCUCUCAAUGUUGGAAAUAAAUAAUCGUUAAACAUUCGCCUAUAAGCAACACCGACUACGGAUAUUGCUUGCUUGACAACGCACACCAAACUGUCAUUUUGGGACUGUGAAGUGGCUGUUGAUGUUUUAAUCGGGAGUUUUGUCUUUUAGGGGACCAAUGACCACAAUUUUGCUUGUUUACACUUCCAUUCAAAUGAAAAUGGGCUUCAUCACUCUGAAAGAUAUUGUUCACUGUUCGACAUCGCUCCAACAUUGUCUCAGAAAUUUUUACGCAUAUUCUGAUCAUUAGGUUCAAGCGCUUCCACAAUUUGAAUUUUAAAUGGAUGAAAUUUAAGGCCCUCUUUCAAUAUUUCGUGCACUAUAGUUUUUGGAAGCCCCAAGGCAGCUGAACCGACUGACGCGGAUUAUCGCGUAAACUUGCCGCGACGACUUCAAUGUUUUAAUUCGUUUUAGACGUCUUGCUGGGUUCCGGUCGUGGAUUGUUUUCUGCUGAACUUACUGCUCGGAACUUUCGCACCCAUGGUCGAAUCAAUCAAUCUUCACGUAACCGACGAAUAUUGUAACGUGAACAAAAUCUUCGACGAGCAAUUGCACACAAAUAAUUGAUUUUGAAAUCCCCUGCGAUUACAAAUGCAUGUUGUUCAACCUAAUUCUGCCAUCAGACACCCGUUAUAAACUAGUUUCAGAGAGCAGUGAGUUAUAUUAAGUUUAAAGAAACUAGUUUGUACAUGACACUUGUACUUUUUUAAAAUGACCUCUAACUCAUACAGAAUUAGAUGAAAUUAAUCAUUCUAAUAAAGUAUUUGAUAAAUGAUUAUACAAAUUCACCAUUUUGAAGGAUAAUAUCUCUUACUAUUUGGUUUUAGACAUUUAGACAAAAGUGUACUUGAAAAAAUAUUUUAUUAAUUCUAAAAAUUGUGCAUAUAAUUUCCUAUUAAUUUUAUUUGAUUGUAAGUUGCCAUUAUUUUAUAAUACGACGGGUGUUCAAAUAAAAAUGAUCAAAACGACACUGUAUUAAAUCUCAGAGGUUUGAGCGCAACUUUACCAAGAUGAGCUCCCUGUUUCCAGUAUUCAUAUGGCUCUGAACAGACUCAGAUAUCUACUGUGUCCAUCAAUCCUUCGUUCGUAAUUAAGCACUUCCUUAUAAUGUAUUUUUUCAGUUGACCAAAAAGUCACAGGGAGACAAGUCCGGGUUUUAGAACACUUGAACUUGCAUGGACACUGGAGAUGUGUGAACGUGCAUUAUCUCACUUUGCGAGCAGCACAUGCCGUUUGAUCACGUCAAUGUUAAUGCUCGAGGAAUUCGAUGAGUACUAGAACUCGGACGUUAAAAGAGGCGGUGAACAUCAUCUUGACUUCUGUUGCAUUAAUUAACAUACAACUGCCCGUUUUCUCUACACAUGUCGGGGCGCUGGCAUAUUUAUAAAAUCAGGUCACAACCGUUUCGUUUGUUAAGACGUUUUGUACAUUUGCAUUUAAACACCCCUCAUAUAUCACAAUUGGUGUGAACAAUAUUAAUUUAUACUUUAUAUACUUAUUGUUGUAACAAAAAUGUUUAUUGUUUUAAUUUGUACCUGAAAGGUAAAUAUCUUGUGUUAAUUUAUAUUAUGUUUUUAAGUUUAACGAUGUGUUAUUUCAUUUUUGGCUUUCAGUAAUAAAUAGGGUACAAGUUACCCCAUGUACGUGCUGAAAUGUAUUUGGUUGUGAUUUUAUUUGCUAUUUAGAAAUUUUGUUAUUUUUUAACUAUAUUAGGCGACUAACCUAACCGACAUAUUAUCUGAAGAAUGGAGUUUCUGACACAGAUAUUUUUACACAAUACUAUUUCAUCAAUACCCAUAAUAAUAAUUAAUAAUAACAAUAAUAUGAUUAGUGAGACAAUAUAAUUACAUCAGGCAACCGACAAGUUCGUCUUCAGUAAUUAACCUUUUUUUAUUCAUCAUAUCUAUCCUACUGUCUGCGCCACGUUUUUAAAGUCAAAAUUUAUUACCAAAUAUUUUUCUCAAUCUAAUCAAAAGAAAUUAGAUAUUUUCUCAAUAAAGUUUAAAAUGAAUUUUACCGUUUUUAGUACGAGUAACUAUAAGAAAUCUUCGUAUUAAGGAUUUAGCAGAUUGAAGCUUAGUUCAUUGGAAUCAAUAAUAAAUAAAUUCCAGUUAUACAGCAAAGUAUUUUCUUGUCGAUUGGGUAUGUUUCUGUUUCAUAGCUUCAGACAAUAUUGUUUUCGAUUAUGACGCAGUUUUUAGUUUUUUUUGAGAUACCUUGCUCAUGUAAUGUAAAAAGUUUGUUACAAUAUGAGGUAUGAAAUGUAGAAUAUCAUGAUAUUCUUUUCCAAACAUAUCAGUUGAACAAAGGUAUUUUCUUCAAGGCCCAUGGUUUAUUUUUCUUUUCUCAUCAAUCCUCAACUGAAUCCAACAAUUUUGCCCCUCAUUCUUGUACCUCCUCCCUCUUUUUUAGUAGCCCUUUUUCUAUUUCUAUAUAUAUUUCCCGGCAUCCUUUUAGUAUGCCCCAACCAUUUUACUGUUUGGGCUUUUAUGUAUCUUGUUAUUGAUGGGUGUUUAUACAAAUCCUUCAAUUCUUCUUCUCUAUAGUCUUUCACAUGUUUUUAUUCCCCAAAAAAAUUUUCCUCAACACCUUUCUUUUCCAUAGAAUUAAUUUUGUUUCUUCUGCCUUUGUUAAAACCCAUGUUUCACUUCCGUAUGUAAAUGUUGGUCGUAUUAUUGUUAGGUACAGUAAGACCCCUUUACCGCCUGGUAUAUGAAACAGCGAUAAACAAGGCUAUUAUAACAUGUGAAUAAUGAGGUUACGAGAAGUUGGAGAGAAAAUUGUUUAGGUUAGGUAUGUUUGUUUUAAGUCCAUUAGAUUAUUCAGUCUAUUCUGUGUUUCCAAUUUUCUGGUUUUUUGUCAAGAAGAUAUCUAAUGUAGUUUGCAAUAAAAGUUGUUGACGAAUGGAUAAAACAUCUAUAACACACAGUCUUGCUUUUGAACUCCUGCCAAAAUUUGGAUCACCUUCAACAAAUUCGUCCAAAAUUUCAGUUAUAGUGGUCAAACUCCUUUUAACAAACAUCAUCCAAAGUUCUUUUUGCUCUUCUUAGAAAUCACUACUAUGAAUAUUUUUUUUCUUGCUCAGUUAAUUCCUUGAGCUCAUCGUUAGAAAGAUUAGCUUCUGUUUCAUGAACUUUUUCUUCGACAUCUUCCAUAUUUACUCUAAAUCAGUUUAUUUCGCUAAUACCACUAUUUCUUCGACUAUUUCAUCCAUAUCGACAGUGUCUAACGUCCUUGCUCUUACUUGAAUCUGGUCAAAUGUUCUUUCAUACUCCUUCCAAAGAUCUUUCUGUUGCCUCAUUCCAAGAAAGGUUCAUGUUUUCUACAGCAAGUAAUAAGCAUUAAUAUUGGAUAUCAGGCCUUGGUCCAUUAGACUAAGGCCUGUAUGGCGGCAAGAAAACUACUUCAAAUGGAAUUCAUGUUGUUAAGUCUAAUAAAUUUGUUGGGUGGCUUGUAGCAUUAUCAAUUAAUAGUAGUGCUCUUUGUUUAAGUUCUUUAAUUUCGUUUAACAGACGUGCAGAAAUAUUCUCAGUGAACCAAUCCUGGACAAUUUUUAUAGUUAUCCAUGAUAUAGACUACCAAAUUACAGAUAAAGUUGAUUUAGAUAUGCCUUUCAUCGCUCUUGGAUUUUUGAAGUGGUAAACUAUUAGUGGUUUUAAUUGAAACGCUUGCGUUACCACUCAGUGGAAGUGUUAAGUGAUCUUUCGCAGCUUUUAAUCCUAAUUCUCGUUCAUCUUCACGGGAUAGAAAUGUUCAUUUUGGCAUCCUUUUCCAAAACACACCUGUUUCAUCAACAUUGAACAGCAAUUAAGGAGUAGAGUUUUCAUUUUCAAUUAUUCUUUUUACUUGGAAUUCAGCCGCCGCUUUCAUAUCACCAUUUGCCACAAUGUCAACAAAUGUUUCAAAUGAUAAAAAACCAACAUAACUACAUACACUAUUUCGGAUAUAUAUUUGGAAACCUAGCGUUAAGCAGGAUCUUACUGUAUAUUCUAAUUUUGGCGCACAAUUUCGGGGAUUUCCCGGGUUGAAAUAUUGAAAUAACAGAGCGCUACACAGAAACAGCGCUAAGCAGAGUCUUAUUGUAUAUUAUAAGUUUGGCGGCUUUAGAUAAGUCUUCUGAUUUUAUCAUUUCAAUUAUCUCAUGACUUUACUUCUUUUGACUAAUCUCUCCUUUAUUUCUGUCCGCUCUUUAUUUUUGUUUGACAGUGUUGCUCCCAGGUAUUCGAAUUCUCUUAUAUUUUUUGUCCUUACCCGUUAGAUUCUCAAUCCAUAAUUUGUUAUCUGAAAGUCCUUUCUUAUUCCGCUAACCCCAAUGUUAUAAGUUGAUAAUAUCUUUUCUUUAUCAGUCUUUCAGUAUCUAUUUAUCAAUUUAUUGAAGACGUUUAGGUAUAAGUAAUCUUAUUUAUACUACUAUCAAUCUCUUUAUAUUAUCAGUUUGAUUAAUCUUGCAGGUUUUAAAUGUCUACCCAAGAAGUUAAAAAUUAUAUUAUGUAUUCAACAGCAAUAAAAAAAGACAUAGUUCUAUAAGCUAAUGCUUGGCUUGAGAGUAGUUUUGUGCUCCUAUCUGGUGUGAUAAGGUAUUUUCCAGUCCUUUUCAACCUUUGCUUAGGUCAGCUAGCUAAUUCCUUCUGAGUUUUGAGAUUCCAGGAGGAGAUGAAUUAAUGCAUUGACGUGGUACGCGGUUUUCGAGAAUAUUGUGGUGUUUCUACUUGGGUGUAGGACUACUUCUUGUAUAUAUCUGUAAGUCAGAGGUAAACCAUCAUAAAUGCAUUUUCUUUACUUUUUUACGUUUUAUCUUAAGUGACUCAUUUUUAUUGAGGAAAACUACAUGCAAAAUAAUAUAAUAAUUAUCCUCGAUGAAAAUCAUUAAAAAAUGAGUCACUUGAGGUAAAAAUUUCAAAAGUGAAAAAAAAAGCACUUAUGAUGGUUUACCUAUGACUUACGGAUGUAGAACUUUGAGAUUACUGUGUAGUCAUUGAUGUAACACAUACCAUGGUGGAUUGACUUCGCUGGAUGUUACCCAUGUUUGGUUUGUUCACAGCCCCAUAAUUCAAUACGAUACACUGUGGAUUCAAUGAAGGUUGUGUAUAGUAGAAAUUUGUUUUAUAGUGAUAGUUUGGCUUUUAAUCCAAGUAGCUAGUAUAUUUCCUUGUGAUCUAUGCUAUUUCUAUAUUAUUCAGGAAAACUGGCAAGUAUAAGUCACUUGAACUGAUUUUGAUUCUCUAUCCACGUUUAGAUAUCCAUUAAGUGUAAUGUUGUAGCUGGGUUUCUAUGAGAGUUUUAUCCUUUGUUAGUAGGUCUGUUGUUCAUAGUACGGGUUAAGAAUACUGCUUUGACAGACAUAUGUUUGUUCUGUAUAGUUGUUGGAUGUAGGUCCAUUCAUUCUUGUUCGGAAUUCUCUUUCUGUUAGGUAUGAUGACAAUAAUUUGAAGUAUUUUAUUGGAAGAUAUUUGUUAAUUUUGUUGUUUAGGUACUUGUGCCAAACCUUAUGUGCAGUAUUUUUUCUUUUAGAGCUAUAUUUAUGUCGUAAAAAAUUCUGUGGACUUGCUGCACCAUACUUCUCUCAAAAACCAAAUUGAUUGGUACUUGGUAUCCAGUUUUACUUUUCCUUCAUAGUAGAGGUCUCUCUAGUAUUUGGAAUCUUUACCUUGUUUGGGAACUAGAAUUAUUUUUUUAAAUAGUUGUAACCAGUAGUUUUUUCGAUGGGUGGUAUACGAGAUAGUGUCAAAAGCAUUACUCAUUUUUAUGGUAGUCACUCAUUUUUGAAGUCAUUUGGUCUAUUCCAUACGAUUUUCUUGUAUUUAGAAAUUUUAUUCUCAUUGUACUUCAUUUAUGAUGGUGUUUAAGCACGUGUAUACUGGGUUUAAGUAGUCACAUAUCCACUAAGAAUGUGAUAAUCUUUACGCAACUUGAGAUGUAGGAAUAUGAAAGAAAGGACUUUUGAACAACACUGUAUGUCACGCUAAUUAUCGUGAGUUACUAACUAUGAUGUCUUUUAGGUACAUUACAAAUUAAAAAUAAAACUGUUUGACAAUUAUUAAUGUUCGGUUAAAAAUAACGCUAAAUUGAAUUAGUUAAUAAACGACCCUAUUUAUAAAAAUCUUUAGUAAAAUAAUGCAAAAUAAUACCAAAAAUACAAAUAAUGGGAAAUCAAUUAGGGUUGAAGCCUUUCUUGUUUAGAGAAAAAUCAAUUUUAUUAAUUUUCUUUGACAUUGAAUUAUUUUAUUAACGGUGAAAACUUUCAGAGGGACGAAGAGGGAAUCAUUUUCCCUUAUUUGAAGCUGUGUACCCAGUAUAACAUUAGAAUUUUCAAUUAAGGAGGCCCUCUCGCUACCAAUGGCAAUUAAUUUUAUUCAAUUAUGAUUAAAAUAAUAUUUUUAUAAUAGUUUCAAUAAUUACUUAUGCUAUGUUGGAGUUUAAAUCGUACUUUACAAUGCCAAUUAAAUUUUUAAAACAUCAUUUAAAACAACAUUGAUUUUUUUCAGAAUCUUAUAUGAGGGUUAGGUAUUAGGACUAUACUAAUGUUUGUAUAUUACAUGACAAUCUCCAACUUAGCUAUUGCAAACGUGCAUGUUUCUUGUUUUCGUUUUUUUAUAAAGUACUUACCUAUUUUUUUGAGAUACUCAUAAGUUCAAAAUAUUAUAUGAAAAAAAUAGUUUCUUGUUUUCUUUUUAAAAUACUUACCUCGAAAUUUUUUGAGAUACCCAUAAAUUCAAAAUAUUGUAUGAAAAAAAAUUAGUUUCCAAAAUUUGCAAUAAAAAGUAUGGUUUAAAUUCGACGAUUGCAUAAGUAAUGGCUUUAUUUAUUAAAAAAAUAUUUUCUUCAUAAUCUAUUGAAUUUUAUUUUAUAUAUCUAAUUUUAUUUCAAAUACCCAUAGAAAACUCUGAAAAAAUAGUUUGUUUCUGAAAAUAUCCUAAUUCAGUUUUUUAUAUACAAAUAUUAUUCUUGUAUAACUGUCAUGAAAGUGACAUUUUUAAUGACUAAAAACUAUUGGAAGAAAACGAUUACAAAGUAAUGUAACGAAAAUAUAUUCUUUUUCAUACUGUACUGUAAAGUAGACUUUACCGUACUAAUUUGAGUCCGGAAAAUGGCACUUUACAGUAUAUUUGUACUUUACGGUACUUUAAAUUCUCUCAAUCCAGUUCGAAAUAAAAAAUCAAUGAAAUCAAUUACUAAAUUUUCAUUCUAAUUUUUGAAUGUUAACAGUAAUGAUUUAACUACUGUUACCAGAAAAAUUUAUUGUAGAAAUUACUGGAUGUACUUUUUUAUUUUUAAUAAUGCUGGAAGAUGUGUGUGGUUUUGGUUCAAGACUUGUACAAAAGUUUGCCCCCUUGUAUCAUUCUUGCUAUUUUCUUUUUGCUCUCGAUGGAUUCUUCCUUAUAUUUUUUAGCCACUGAAUAACUUUUCCAUCCACCAUACCCUUUUAAAACAUUGAUAUCAGCCCCAGAGAUGGCCAACAGUGUUCUUCUGCAGCAAUGUCCGGUGUACUUUUCUGGAUUCUCAAGAUUGAGGAAUUCAACAAUUUUUUACUUACGCAUUUUCCUUGUCUGUAACCUACCAAAAGUGCUUUUAGUGAAAGGUGUUUUCGCAAAUUUUUAUAUUUUCUUAACACAUCCAAAUAUUGCAUGUUGAUCACAGUAAAAAACCGUCGAACAGGUGUUGUUGUGUUAUUAAUACGAACCAUUAAUUGAGAAACAGUGCUACAUCGUCCAUUUCUAAAUUAUAAAUGUCUUCCUUCGACAAUCUCUGGUAAAUAGUCUUUGUUAGGGGCGUCAUAAAUGUUACAACUUCUUUUUUUGAUAGCACCUUCGACUGGUUUUGAUGAUAGUAAACACUGUUUUCUCUUUUCAAAAAAGCUAUUGACUUAAUGUUGAAAUUCUCAGUAACCAUAAUCAUUGAUUUGACCAUCGGGUAUUUAGACCAUAAGGAAGAGCUAUUUGAUGUUUUUGACUAAAAAUUUGAGGUUUGAAAAGAAUGCUCCUAAAAAACAACUGUUCUUACCACAUCAAAAAAAAAUCAUCACAUUUUCAUCAACACUUUUUACCUCGUAUUUUUCACGCCAGUCGCAAAACAUCGCAUUAUUAUUCUUUUGCGUAUUUUUGAAAAGACCUAAUUGUUAAAAUUUGCCCUACUGUUUCUGCUUUUGGUAAAUAUUUUUUGUAUUUCCAAAAAUUCAAUGUGUCUGCCUUUGUUUAAAAUGUUGCCUUAGUGACUUCUGUUAAUUUCUAUUUUUUUUUAAAUAAUAAGAGAAUAAUCAAAGGAGGCAUUUUUCAGUAAAAUCGUCAAAUAUGACAUUUCAUAUUUUAAUAUAAUUUUGCUUUUUAUUUAGAACCAAAAACAGUAAGAACAAUAAACAAAUUUCGAUAUACGUUCAUGAAGUUAUUAUCAAUGUACUCUGGACUAGGUAUUCUUGAUUCGGCUCCUUCGUCGUCUCGUCCAUAAGCAUCCAUCUCGUACCGUACUAAAUCACUUCCCAGAUGUAAAUAACUAUAAAAUCAAUAUAAAACAUUUUUAAAUCAAAUAAUAGUAAACUAGACAUAAUCAUGCAAAAUUUAACGGUACAUCUUUAGUUUUAUUAUAAACAGUAUAUAAGUAUGAUAAACUAUUAAUAUAAACAUGAAUUGCACGAAAAAAUAUUUUCUAAUAUUAAUUCAUUGCGAUUUAAUAGAUUUUGAUCUACAUUAGUUGCCAAUUUCAUUAGCAUUAACAGUCAGUAUAUAAAAUGAAGUGAGAUAUAUCGCUGCACUUUGUAGUCGGCAUAAUUCUUUCAGAAUUUUAAUCAUUUUAUGAAUAAUACAUUGAUCCAUGUAACCCUAAGUUACUGUCGUAGACUUUCAUCUUCUCUAAGCUUUUUUAUCCGUUACAUUUGUUCCCGAGUCUGCCAACAAAGAAACAGAAUACCUCAUAAAAUAGUGACUUGUAUAUUCCUUUGACUGCGUCAAGUUCAAAAACUCACCAACCAAGUAGACCAUUUUCCUAAAUUUGUUUAUACCAAUUGGGUUCGCAGUUCAUUUUAAAUUUCUGUCUUUCCGAAGAAAACAAUUAAUUAAAUGUGAUUUUAUUGGAAAUUUUUUAUCUAUGAAAAUAGGACAGUUAUAGAGAAAACUUUAUAUACUUAUGUGUGAAUUAAUUUUGUUCGUGAAAAUGUUUCACUUGCUUUUGCUCACAUUUUCCCAUUUUCCUAUUUUUUGCUUUCGUUUUCCGGUUCUAAAUUCCUGAAUUCCUCUCUCUCUCUCUUAGGUUUUCCAUCACCACUGCGUACUAUCUUUUUCUUGGUUAUCUUUUGUUUCUUGUUCCUCCUUGUUCUAUGUUCAUCUUUUUUUUUUGUUCUAAAAUCGGGCAUUCUCUGUAUGUGACCCUCUAUUCUUUUGGAUUUCAUAAUUUUGCUCAGUUCUGCUUCUCUAAAUAAAUUCCUUAUUUAAUUAUUAGUUCUUCUCAGCCAUAAAUCUCCCUCCUUCUCUCCCUCUGCUUUGAUAAGAAUCCACGUUUCGCCUCCGUAGCCUAUUAUUGUUUUGUAUAGAUGUAGCUUUGCCUUUCUGGAGAUUUUUUGGGAUCUUAUCAUCGCGUUCUGCGCUUCUAACUGUUUACUUCCUCUCAUCGUCCUCGCUUCCAGAUUUUCUUCCUCGUUACCGUCGUCCUUGAUAACCAUCCCAAGAUAUACAUUUUUUUGUUCAGAUGUAUUGCUCUUUUCAUUUGCCCAUACCAAAGAAAACAUCACUUUUAAUACUACUUAUUAUCAUAAAUAGUUAAUUUAUUGUUAUUAUUAAAAUAAUGUUGCUGAUUUCAAAAAUAAUUUUUAUUAUUAAUGAGUUUGUUGCAUACAAAUCAUUUUUCUACUUAAAUUUAUUCAUUAAAUCAAAGAUCUAACUCCACUCUUUUGAUUAAAAUCACAUUUUAAAUUUAUUAAUAAAAUUAGGCUAAAUUUAUUAUACUUUUGUUUUUAUUUUCAACGCACAUAUGGUGUGCGUCACAAUUACAAACAUACACGUAGUUACUAUAGAAGAAAGCUUUUUAUUUUCUAAUAUAGGUAGACAAAUCUACGUAUUCCAUCAAGAACUUAUUGUUUUAAUUUUAUUUUUUACCAAUGUUCGUUUUAGUUACCAAUAAAGACGUCUUUAUCCAUUA